UUCGUUACAGUCAUCUGUCUUAAAGCUUCUCCACCAAGGACAUUGGGGUAUAUGCGUACGAAACAACUUGCUCGUCAGCACUGUACUUGGUUCGGAAUCGAUGCUGCGAUUACGAAUAUGUGCUCUUCUUGCAUGGCGUGUGCCGAACAACAAUCCGCACCGCCGCGGAAAUUCUUUGCAUGGCCGAAAGCCACUUCCCCUUGGCAACGCUUACACAUCGAUUUUGCUGGUCCAUUCUGGAAUGCUCGAUGGUUGGUUGUUGUCGAUUCCUUCAGUAAUUUUCCUUUUGUUGUCCGGAUGUCUUCCACGACAUCAUCUGCCACCAUCCAAGCGUUGUCUGCUAUCUUUUGCAUUGAAGGUCUUCCACAGACUAUUGUUUCCGACAAUGGCCCACAAUUCAUGUCCGCAGAAUUUCAGCCAUUCUGCAAGGCCACUGGUAUUCAACAUCUGACAUCCGCGCCGUUUUCGCCUCAGUCAAACGGUGCCGCUGAACGAUUGGUCCGGACUUUCAAGUCACAGAUGUUGAAAUUGAAAGAGUCGCAUUCUCGGGAGGACGCGUUGUUGCUUUUUCUGUCUUCGUAUCGCUCUCAGCCCCGCGAUGGUCGCUCGCCGGCUGAGUUGCUUCACGGUCGUCCUCAUCGAACCUUGAUGUCUUUGCUGCAUCCGCCGCAUCAGGUUCCUGUGCAGCGGCAGACUCCUGCUUUUGCUCCAGGCGACGUUGUAUUCUAUCGCAACUAUCGCGGUUCACGGCGUUGGCUCGCAGGGCGCAUUCUUCGCUGCCUCGGCCGCGCGAUGUAUUUGGUUUUGGGGGCCUCUGGUGAGGUGCGUCGGCAUCUCAAUCAGCUGCGCCUCUGUCGUCGCCUGGGUUCUGCCGCUCCCCGUCUGCUUUCAGCGACGGAGCCGUCCGGUCAGCGCCCUGGGGACCCAUCUACUGGCUCGCCUCAUCCCCAGGUGUUACCGACGAUGCCUUCCAUUCUGCCCCAUGCUGAGGCAACGCUCUUCUCUAAUGUCAUCGACAGGGAGGUGGCGGUUAACUCCAACUAA